AUGUCACUCAAGUGGAACGCGCAACAAAACGAAACAAAUAGUUUUGCCGCCAAAAACCUAUCUGAGCUAAGUGAAGUAUCAAAGAACAAACUCGAUGGACGCCACAAUAAAGGAAAGAACCACGGUCAACGCAAGGAAAAGCAUCGAAAACAUCGUAGUGGCUCUCGUGAUGCAAAGGAUUGCGAUCAUGGACGUCGCCGAAGCGAUAGCUCCAGUUCAAGCGAUAGUCAUUCUAGUAAAGGUCGAGAUUGUAAACACUCUCGUGAACGCCAUCGCCAUAAAAGUGGUUCCAAAGAUCGCCAUAGAAGUGGUUCCAAAGAUCGUCAUAAAAGUGGUUCCAAAGAUCGCCAUAAAAGUGGCUCGAGAGAUCGUCACAAUAGCAGCUCUAGUAGUAGCGACGGCUCUCAUCGAAGCAAGGGACGGGGCAAGGGUCAUGGCGAACAUCGCAAAAAGAAGCAUUCCAGUGAUCGUCGAAAAAAUCAUCAUUGUUGA